UUCCAAACGCGUCGUGACGCUCCUCUGACGUCGCGGACGGACGGAUGUGAUGCAGCUCUUGUUCCUCGAGCAGCUAAUAAUCCGCUUUGAUGAUGCGAAUUGUCUCUAAACCUGAUCACAACAUGGGGAUGCUUGUUUGAAAGCGUCAUUAUUAAUAUAUAUUUGUAUUCAUCCUGCAGCAGACAGAUGGAUCCGUCCAGGAGGAGCGAGAGCGACUGGCAGGGGCUGCUCAACGAGUUCCUCAUCUGUAAACGGAAGUUGGAGAGUAAGAAAGAAGCUCUUUUGAUUCUGUCGAAGGAGCUGGACACCUGCCAGCAGGAGCGAGAUCAGUACAAGCUGAUGGCCAACCAGCUCCGGGAGCGACACCAAGGGCUCAAGAAGAAGUACAGGGAACUCAUUGAUGGAGAUCCCUCUCUGCCUCCUGAGAAAAGGAAUCAAGUGAAUUUAGCUCAGCUACUGAGAGACUCCAGAGAAAAAAACAGUCAACUUUCUGAGGAGGUGAAGGAGCUGAAACAACGACUGGUGGAAGCUCAAGGUGACAACAAGCUUCUACGGAUGACCAUCACCAAACAGAGGCUGGGAGACGAAGAGGUCGGCACUCGACACUUUCCUGCUCAUGAACGAGAGGAUCUGGUCAAACAGUUAGAAAGAGCUGGAGAGCAGAACGAGGUUCUGGAGAACAGCGUGAAGUCGCUUACAGACGAGCUUCAGGACGUCCGAGCGGAGCGCGACGUGUUUCAACAGAAGGCUCAUCGGCUCAAUGUGGAGAUGAACCACAUCGUGGGUAACGAUGAGAUACGCAUUCUAGACAUAGAUGCACUCUGCAUGGAGAACAGGUAUUUGCAUGAACGCUUCUGUCAACUUCAAGAGGAAAUCAACCUGCUCAAAACAAACCUGGUGAAGUACAAGAGUGCCCUGGACUGUAGGAAAACCUCUAAGGUCUGUGGGAAACCCAACAGCAGUGCACUGACUGGGGUGCUCUCUGCUAAACAAGUGAAGGAAUUGUUGCUGUCUGAAGAGAACGGCUGCAGUUUGCCGGUGACGCCUCAGUCCAUCUCAGACCUCAAGUCGCUCGCCACAGCUCUGCUGGAAACCAUCCACGAGAAGAACAUGGUGAUUCAGCACCAACGCCAAAUCAACAAGAUUCUUGGAAAUCGAGUCGCAGAGCUGGAGAAUAAACUCAAAACAUUAGAGAUGUCUGGAUUAUGGAGCCUGCCAGGCCUGACUUAUAAUGUGUCUCUGGGAAUUUAUGGAAGAGGAAAAGACACCAUCAUCCUGAAUACCCAUCAGGCUGAGUCAACAGAUUCUCCUGGACAGGAAGGUGAUGAAGCGUCAGAAGAAAUAGAGCAAUCCACAGGAGUCCCAAUCCAAGAGAGUGGACCACCAUCUGAGUCAGGUGGUGGAGAGGAGCUGUGUGAGGAGACGUGCCAGCCAAACCUGUCGUACCAGUCGGCUGAGGAAGAGCCAGUCAGCCCUCCGACAGAAACACCAGACAGUGAAGAGUGUGGUGACAGCGGUCGAUCACAGGUCACAACUGAUUUAAGGGAUUUAACGAGUCACCGGUCAAAAGAAGAGUGUGUGAGCGAUUCCUCUCCCACACAACAUCCGUCUGACCUUUCCCUAUUACAGCAAACUUUAGAGAACUCUGACCCCAUCGCUGGAAGAGAGGAUGAGUCAGAGGAAUGGACUGAAGGGCUGGAAACUGUUGAAACGCAGUGUAUUCUCACAGAGGAAAACAUCAGUAGCGCAUUAUUCACCGCUGCUGCUGCUGCCAGUUCUGAGGAAGAGCAGGAGGACAUCCAGUCAAACCAGGAGACAGAGCUUUCACAUGGAACAGAUGUUGUGUGUUAGUCAGGACGUGAAGUUUUCCAUGAGCCGCCCUCAUGCUGCAGAGCAUCGGGACAAAUCCUCAGAAACAUAAGGAUAAAUGAUGCAUUUGUAAGACAAUGCUACUUUAUUCAUUUUUAUGAAUAAUGAAAAAAAGUGACACUAUUGAGUUGUUAUGAUUGACAGAUGGUGUGUUGAUAAUGGAUGCCUGUUAGUUACUGUAAAUCCAAGCAAUAGAGAGGCAAAGUCCCACCCCUUCCGGUGGACCAACAUGGGACCUUAUUUUGGAAAAAGUAUGUACAGUAGUCAACAAUGAGAGACAAAUAUUUUUUUGACCCCGUUUGAAUUACGCCAUGAAUCACAGAUAUGAUGUUUGUCAGUUUAAAUGAUAAUUUUGCAAGUCAAGAAAGUCACAGUUUGUCAUAGUAUCAUUUAGUUUUUGUGUGAAACCGCUCCGUGAACUACAUCUCCCGUCUCGUAAUAUAUACGUCACCAACACUAGCUGGCUAGAUAACUUAGCUAUGUUCCACACACAAAUGAAACGUUAUCUUACCUGAUGUGUUUUCUCCAGCGACUCUUGGUUUUUUUAUCAGCCGGGACGCAGAAGAACGAGCGAGACCCGUAGGCGAUAUUACGAUAUCCUACUGUAGCGAAGGCAUGACCCGCCCUACUCUGUCACUGAUUUGCUUACCCUGAUAUUCUUACCCUAAACCUAACCAAUCAAACCAACGAAGGCAGUGGGUACUAGCCAAUCAGAGGCAGUCCGUUGCUCGUGUGAGUACAUCCCUGUACGAAACACACAGGAAUCGUAGCUUCAGCGAGAAAGAUGUCACAAAAUAAGAUGGUCCACCAGAAGGGGCGGGACUUUACCUCUCUAUAUCAAAGCCAAUUAUUGAGACAUGAGGGAUUUUCUCGUUAAUAUAAACCUGUCAAUGAAGUAAGAAUGACUCAUAACAAACCUAAAAAACAUCUUAGCGUUAACUGUGAACUGUCAGUAACUGAUUAUCUAAUUUGUGCUUUCACUUUGGUCCAUUUUGAGUCUCAUGUAUACAUGGCCCAAAGGAAACCUGAACAUAACACUCAUAUGAUAUUGUUGAACAGUAAUGUGCUGCUAUAACAGCCUCCACUCUACUGGGAUUUUGUUUCUCCACAAGAUUUUGCAACAAUUUUUGGCAGAGAUCUGCUCCCAUUCAGCCAGAAGAGCAUUAGUGAGGCUUGCAGUCCAGGUAAUCCAAAAGGUGUUGGAUGGGUGGAGGUCAUGAACAGGAAAGGGUUAAUCCCAAACUGUUGCCACAAAGCUGGAAGCUUUAUAUUGUGUAUGUAUCAGAGGUGGAGAAACUGAUUUUAUGGUGAUAAAAAGUAGCAAAAUAAGUGCUGUAGAAUACGUCUAUCACGCUACAGAGGUGUGAUGAUUUAGAUUUUUCUGCUUUUGACACAUAUAAUUUCAGUGUUUGAUCAUUUACGUAACUGAGAGACUGACUUUGAACUCAACAGUAAAGGAGAAUAUCAUUUGUAAAACAUUUCUGUUGUUAACUCUGGAGUAAGACACUGAUUCAGAUUUCACAUCCUAC